UCGCUCUCCACUCCUCCCCGCCGCGGGCCCCCGCGCUCCGCCGGGGUCGGCCCCGGGGGCGCCGAGAGGCGUGGCCGGCCCGCGCGGACCUGGCGGCGGCCAUGGCCUCGGUGGUGGAGUACAAGGGACUCAAGGCCGGCUACCACUGCGGCUACUGCGACACCGAGGAGGGCAAGGCGUCCUGCGGCAUGUGGGCCCACUCCAUGACCGUACAGGAUUAUCAGGAUCUUAUAGACCGAGGAUGGCGCAGAAGCGGGAAAUACGUAUACAAGCCUGUCAUGAAUCAAACAUGUUGUCCUCAGUACACAAUAAGGUGCCGACCUUUACAGUUUCAGCCAUCAAAGUCUCACAAGAAGGUUUUGAAAAAAAUGUUGAAAUUUCUGGCUAAAGGGGAAAUUUCAAAAGGCAAUUGUGAGGAUGAGCCCAUGGAGCCUACUGCGGAGGAUGCUGUUGCUGGUGACUUUGCAUUAAUAAAUAAAUUGGAUAUACAGUGUGACCUUACAGCGCUCAGUGAUGACCUCAGAGAGAGCUUAGAGAGUGAAGAGAAGCAGAAAGGAAAGAGCUCAAAGAGGGAAGACGCCAAUGAAUUAAUUCAGUCACAAGAUAUUGAAGAGAAGUUGGGCUCUGGGGAACCGUCACGUUCAGUUAAAGUGCAUACAGUUCCAAAGCCAGGCAAAGGGGCAGAUUUGAGUAAGCCUCCAUGUCGAAAAGCCAAAGAAAUCCGGAAAGAAAGGAAAAGGUUAAAACUCAUGCGGCAGAACCGAGCUGGUGAACUUGAGGGACUCCAGGCUCAGUGUGAACCACUGUCUUCAUCCCCACCAAAGGCUAAAUCCAACCAGCCCAAGUCACUUGAGGAUUUAAUUUUUGAAUCUUUACCAGAGAAUGCAUCACACAAGUUAGAGGUGAGGUUAGUACCUGUCUCCUUUGAGGACCCAGAGUUCAAGUCGUCCUUCAGCCAGUCUUUUUCUUUAUAUGUCAAGUAUCAAAUGGCCAUACACCAGGAUCCGCCUGAUGAGUGUGGGAAGACUGAGUUUACAAGAUUUCUGUGCAGCUCACCUUUGGAGGCAGAGACAUCUCCUAAUGGCCCGGAUUGCGGUUAUGGCUCCUUUCACCAGCAGUAUUGGCUUGACGGAAAGAUCAUUGCUGUGGGCGUGAUUGACGUCCUUCCACACUGUGUAUCAUCUGUGUAUUUGUACUACGAUCCUGAUUAUUCGUUUCUGUCUUUGGGAGUCUACUCUGCACUCCGAGAAAUUGCUUUUACUCGGCACCUUCAUGAGAAGACAUCUCAACUCAGCUAUUAUUAUAUGGGUUUCUACAUUCAUUCAUGUCCCAAGAUGAAAUACAAGGGUCAGUAUAGGCCGUCUGAUUUGCUGUGUCCUGAGACCUAUGUUUGGGUACCCAUUGAGCAGUGUCUGCCUUCACUUGAGAACUCCAAGUACUGCCGUUUCAACCAGGAUUCAGAAGCAGUGGACGAAGGUCGCAGCAAGGAACCUGACCGCCUGCAGGUGCUUUACAAGAAAGCCAUCAUGCCUUACGGCGUUUACAAGAAACAGCAGAGAGACCCACGCGACGAGGCCGCCGUGCUGCAGUACGCGGCCCUGGUGGGGCAGGCGUGCUCCGAGCGGAUGCUGCUCUUCAGAAACUGAGCGGGCGCCCCUGCCCCUGCCCCUGCCGCGGGCUGCUGCUGGGGGCUGCGGCGCAGGUCCUUCGCUCUGGGUCAGUGCCGUUCCCAUCCACAGAUUAGACUUUUUUAUUUUGACGGCUCUCUGGUUUUUCUAAAAUAUUUUGUGGCAAUGUCUUUGUGAGAAGCUCAUGGUUCAUAUAAAGAUUUUUAACAUAGGUUGCGACCUAGACUCCCAAUUGAGGUUUGUCAUUUUGCAGUUUGGCUUUAUGAGCAAGAGAUGGUAACUUUCUCUUGAUAAUAUUUUGAAAGUAAAAUGAAUGAAUAGGUCUUAAGUAAUUUAAGUCACAGUUGUGCUUUUCUGUUCUGUUAGAGAAAUUAAAACAGACUGUUUCCUCUGAUCCACUUACAACACUCGCGUCUGCUGAAAACGAAGUGUGGGGAGAAGGCGGGGAUUGUGUUUCAUCGCUGAGAAAAUGUCUCCUCGAGGGAACACAACGGGCUGUUACUCAGUGUUCAGUGUAACAUUACUGCCCGAUGCUACAUUCUGUAGUUUAAUAGAAAACUUCAAAAAAAGGAUAUUGUGUUAACAUCGGAUGUCUCUUUACCCAGGACUGCCCUAUUCUUGGUCUGCUCUCUUGAAUGGACCAUUUUUCCUAUAAUAAUUACUGCUUGUGCUCCAUUUUACUCUCCCAAGUCUCUCAGUUUGGCCCAUAAAAUAUGUGAUGACCCUAAUUAUAUAUUAUAUUGUACAAACUGGGGUACUUUGCUCUGUUUCUCAAAAUCUAAGAAAUGGAGGGUUUUUUGGGUUUUGGUUUUGUCUUUUGUGUUUUUUUUGAACCCAUCAAAGGUAAAUGUACGCUAACUUUUAUUUCCUCAAAACUCAGGACACAAGUCUUUGGUUAUCGAUUAAAAAUUAGUUAAUAUCUGCCUACCUUUCUAGCUGUGCCGCACGUCGCGUUUAAUGAAGCAGGAAGCAUUUUGACCUCUGACCAGGGCAGGAGGCACACAACAUCCACUUGUGUGCUGCGCUUUGGUUUGGAAGAGUCAGAGAGGAGACGAGCGUCGGCACCUGAGCAGAGGCCAGCCCUCUUUCCCUGUCCCUUCCCUCGUUCAGCAGGUGUCCCUCGUCCCACACCUUUAAGGUGGCAGGCACUGUGCCACGAGGGACGGGAAGGAGCAGGCAUGUCCGCCGCAGCUGCGCUGGAGACGGCGAGGGCGGGGAAGGCUCACUCUCUUGUGCUCUUGCUCGGCUGCUCCCCUUCUGCCGCCACCUGCUUGGCUCCCGAGUCCUUUUCAUGUCCCCCUUGGCCCAUUUUUCCAUUUUCUAUUGAUCUUUUUAAAAACUAUAUUAUAAAACUUAAUGGCUUGACACCCACUACUGAUUUUAAACUUUUCUCCUAAAUGCACUGAAUUUAGAUACGCAGUUGGAAGUGUUAGAAAAUAAUUCAAGGUAGUUAGAAUAAAAGGAUCAUAAACAGUGACUUUAAAAACAAAUGUCUAGAAGGUCCACGUCCAAAGUUCACUUGGAGCGAAUGUGCGUCUGUCGCAGCUGCCAUGAGCAGGUACUCAGGGGACUGGGGAUAGAGGCGGAUGGCGUGGACUUUGCGUGCUUCCGGAGCUUCGUCCUUCAGAACAGUCUCUCCCAAGAGCAGUUGACAGACUCUUUUAGAACUGCCUUCAGAAUCUAUACAACACCUUUUUUAAAUUUCCCUCUAAAGUAAUAAUUUUUAUGAUUUAUGAAAUGAUGCUAUAAGCAACUAAAACAUUCUAAAAAGAAUAAAUAAAAAAGAAUAACCUGAGGAGUUCCCUUCGUGGCUCAGUGGUUAACAAGCCUGACUAGGA